AUGGUUGCGAGAAGGUACCGAGAAAGCAGCGGAACCCAGGCCCGAAUAGAACGUUUUCCCCCGAUUGUUGUUGAUGAUGAUGAUGGUGGUGGUGGUGGUGGUGAUGGUGGUGGUGGUGUUGGUGGUGGUGGUGGUGCGGUGGUGGUGGUGGUGGUGGUGCGGUGGUGGUGAUUGAGGCGGUAAUGGUGAUAUGGUUGGGCAGGACGACCAAUAAACCAAGGAUUACCAUUCCACUUCCUGUUAACCUUUUCAGCAGAUUUCACAAUCGUUUGCUUAUUGCUACGCCUCUGUACGCAAGAGAUUUAGAACGGAAACUUAAGAGAAGCCGGUAAUCCAGUAUUCUCUCCCUCCACCAGUCCAGACUGGUGACGGCCACUCGUAUCUGACCUUGAGCACGCACUAUCGCUGGUGGCUGACCUUGGUCCGUGCCUUAUUUGAAUCUAGGAAACAAAUAUACUCAUUUCUCAAAUUGGAUGUGAUUAUAGCCUAUGGUCCGUGACAGCGUACUUGUGACGGUAGAUAUGUGAGAGAAAGGGCGAUUCCAGUGUUUAUUGUAUUAGUAUGUAACUCUGUAUCAGUGCCCUCUACCAAGAGUAUUAUUGGCAAUUAACGGUGUUUUUGCAGUUCCCAGAAAUCACUGCGAAAUAUGACACGUACGACGUCUUCGGAAUUUUUGGUUGAUUAGCGUUGGGUUUGGGUAUAGUUGACUUCACUGUUUUUGAACGCCUUAAAUGCUGUUUGCGUAAUGACCGUAUUAUAUAAAUUCUGUCAUUGUUAUACAGCAUGAAGGCGCGCGAACUGGAUAGCGGGCCUUCAUUUUGAGAUAUACGAAAUUUUCAUCGCAAAAAAUCCGUACAUCAGGGCAAGUAGAAGGGGGCACUGCAAUUACUGUUAAAAUUGAUGAGUAACGCAAGACUUUAACUCCCUCCUGGAACGUACCAGUGUAUUCGAUAUGUGGCAUCAUUGAUGAACGCGGACAAACAGCCAAAAAAUUUAAAUUUCGGCUGACUAAUCAAGAUAAGUCCAUGAGUUGAAGUCAGGUCAAUUUAAAAUGUCCGGUUAAUCGGCAUUCAUUGGCGUAUGUAUUUUAAUUAGAAAAGUGGGCCUAUUAAAUUCAAAUUCAUGGUGCCACUGAUAAAGUGCAUGACUGUUAAUCAGAAUGUCCUGAAAGCACUUAGUAUUUCAACUUUGGCGGAUCGCAGUAGAGAAAAGCUGCAGCUUAAACGAAUCUUCCCUACUUUGCCAAGCCUAACCCCGAGCCGUUAUUAUAGCCAAAUUCCGUCAACUGAAAACUCGUAAUUGUAAAAUAUUGAAAGCGGGGAGCCCACACGGCCGAAAAAAUACGCAUAAUAAUGUACAAGUAGCCGCAAGUUCCCUGCUUCUCGUAGCUGUGUGGAGGGGUUGCCGCUCCCUCCGAAGGCCACCAAUCGUCUUGCAGAACAGUAAAUCCGAACGUACGCUUAAUUCUGAUUGGCCAGAACUCACACUUCCGCCCAGCCUGAGUUGGCAGGACUGCGCACGUGACUCCGAUUGGCUCUUUGUCGUAAACUGCACGUGCUAGUCGCCGCUCUUUCUUACUCUGCUCGCACAUACGGUUUACCGAAUAGAGCGGAGCCGCAGGCGUCGCUUAGCAAUAGCCAUGGCUUGUGCAGUGCUUGGUCGCCCACAGAGAUUAACAAAUUCGUAAGAAAAUCAGUGUCGAAAUUACCGAUCGCGUGGAGCGGUGAGAUUUGCUGCUGUCCAAUGCCGCAUCUCCAAAACUAGUCGACCUUUUGGGCUUUCUGUACUAUAGAAAUGUCAGAAUUAACAAAAUGGAGGCUGCGUUAGCUAUAGUCAGUCCUGGACAAACGAACCCGAUACCUCUGUCUAGCGAAAAUCGGAACGACCGGCAGUUGGAGGCAUAAAAUCGGCGGAAUUACGUAAUGACCGGCCCUGUUACUUAACCACCAAGUUAUACAAUUAGGAUGCGCAAGAGGAGGGGAGAUCGUUUUCUGCAAAGAUGAGGGAAGAGCCCAAACAAACCAUUGAGCCUGUCAUGACCGCUGGCUACAGUCCUGACGCAUCAUUCACUCGCGUCCCCACCAACAGUCACCAAGAAACGAGAAAGCAUUCCGCAUCGGGUCGGUGAGCUGAGUCACAGACUCCCCCCCCCCACCCCAAAAAAAGUAGAAGAGGUAGUUUGAAUAGCAAACUUCGAUACCCAUAAGACCAACAAGUCUGGUCCUCCCACAAAACGAAACCGCCUACAGAAUGACCUUAACAUCAGUCUUCUUCAUCUCUGGCGUUACCAUGACAACGGCACGUAGCCAGUGGCUGCAUCUCCUCAAACCGUCCCCGGAGUGGAGCUGUAGACGAACUCUGAUAAGAAGGCUCAAGUAAAUCUGAGAGAGGGAGGAAUAAUAUGAGUGUUAAAAAAGAGGAUGGAAAGUCGGAGAACGAGAACGGAGAAAAAUAAUAAAAGUCAGAAGGGGACGAAAAAUAAGGGAAAAUGAAGGGGGAGAAGGAUAGGGGCGAAAACGGGAAAAAGACGGAAAGAUGAAUUUAGUGGGGGGCAUUUUAGGGAUCACGAGGAUGAUGAUGAUGAUGAUGAUGAUGAUGAUGAUGACGAUGAUGAUGAUGAUGAUGAUGAUGAUGAUGAUGAUGAUGAUGAUGAUGAUGAUGAUGAUGAUGAUGAUGAUGAUGAUGAUGAUGAUGAUGAUGAUGAUGAUGAUGAUGAUGAUGAUGAUGAUGAUGAUGAUGAUGAUGAUGAUGAUGAUGAUGAUGAUGACACUUCAAAUGUCACAAGCGGCGACGUCCAACGCAUGCCCAAAGAGUGGGCACGGCACUAG